AUGAUUUAUACAUGGUUAGNACCCAUGACAGUAGAAAUGAAAUUUAGUCUUCUAUUGUUAAAUCAAUUUGCACCUGGUCUCAGUGCUGCUACAUUCAGUCUAAUAUUUAUUCUAGUUCUUGAAUUAACAUCAUCAUCGCAAUCAAGUUUAGUUGGAAAUGUUGUACUUGUUUCAUUUACAAUAGGUGAAUGUAUUGUUACUUUAUUUGCUUAUUUAGCAAAAGAUUGGCAAAUACUUAAAUGGGCUGAUACAGCUUUUAUUGGUUUAGUUAUAUCCUAUCUUUAUUUCAUUCCUGAAUCGCCAUUUAGCAUCGCUGAUAUUGUUGUACCAAUCAUUAAUGCAUCUGCUAAUAAUGAAUAUCUACCUUAUACAUUUUGUGCAUCGACAGGUUUAACUGUUAUUGUUCUUUUGUUAAAAUUAGUCCUACCGGAAGCAAAAUAUAAACAAUUGAAUGAAGAAGAAGAUUAUAAAACGAAUCAAAAUAGUGUUGCUUAA